AUGGGAAACUAUGGUAGUAAGAGUAAUUACGGAGGAGCUUAUGGAAGCAGUGGUAUGGGUGGAUAUGGAGGCAGCGGUAUGGGUGGAUUUGGAGGCAGCGGUAUGGGUGGAUUUGGAGGCAGCGGCAUGGGUGGAUUUGGAGGCAGCGGUAUGGGCGGCUAUGGAGGUAGUGGUAUGGGUGGUUAUGGAAGUGGUGGUAUGGGUAGUAUGGGUGGCUAUGGAGAUGGCGGUAUAGGUUACGGAUCUGGUGGUUAUGGCGAUGAUGGUUAUGGGUCUGGUGGUUAUGGUGGUUAUGGCGAUGAUGGGUAUAGCUCAGAUGGUUCCAGUUACGGAGGUAUCAGUGGUUUCGGUAGUAGUGGUGGUAUCGGUAGUUUUGGUGGUAGUGGAGGUAUGGGCGGUUUUGGUGGUAGUGGAGGUAUGGGCGGUUUUGGUGGUAGUCGAGGUAUGGGCGGUGCUGGCGGUUAUGGCAGAUAUGGAAGAUAUGGCAAACAUGGUGGUCAUGGAAGAAAGAAAAGCACUUGUAAGUAUAGUAAACUCACUGACAUGUUUAAUAUAUAA